AAGAGCGUUUAACAACUUCAGUUACACGGCGAGCAGGCUGCGUUUCUCUCAAUAUCAGGUUGUGGCAGAUUUUCCACAUCUUUCUUUUCCCAUUAGCAGAAUAAAAGUCCACAGGAGAGUUGUGAGGGGAGCACCGUGUCCAACCCCUUUCCCUAUACAGACAUCCGGCCAGUAUGUCCAGUGAUCCUCCUCCUCCGUACCCUGGAGGUCCCAGUGCCCCACUCAUUGAGGAGAAGAAUGGACAGCCUGUAAGAAAUGCUCCAAUACAGGGACAGCCCUUACCUCCAGACUACGGCCCUCCACCCUAUGAGGCCCCACAGCCAGGCUUCCUUCCCCCACAUGUACCUGGAGAAGGGCCUAUGCCCAUGCCAAUGCCUCCACCGCCACAAGGUGGCCCCUACCCUCCUCCGCCUGGUCACUAUCCUCACCCGAUGCCAGGACAGAUGGGCCCUGGUCCCAGUCACUUUGUCCACAUGGGAGGUCACACAGCGACCGUCCUGGCUCCUCCAGGAGCAGCCACCACUGUGACCGUACUGCAGGGGGAAAUGUUCCAGACCUCACCGGUGCAGACUGUGUGUCCGCACUGCCAGCAGGCAAUCGUCACCCGCAUCUCCCACGACGUCGGCCUCAUGAACACACUCUUCUGCCUCUUCUGCUUCUUCGUAGGGUGUGAUCUUGGCUGCUGCUUGAUUCCCUGUCUGAUUGAUGACCUCAAGGAUGUGACACACACCUGCCCUUACUGUAAGGGCUACAUCUACACAUACAAGCGUAUAUGCUAACCAUUGACAGCUGUAUGCUACAGAGACGUGUACAUGCACACACACACAAACUCACAGCUCCUCCUGCUGGUAGUGACAGGCUUUUUUCCUCCCAUUUUUGCAAAGUGUUGUGUAGCCCUCUUACAUUGUAAGUGCAGUUUUCUCAUUAGUUCACAGAAUAUGUAUUGUAUAUAUCUUUCAGCAUAAUUCUUUCAUGUAUUAACAUGCAUUUGAAAUGUACAAAUCUCACUGAACUACAGAGGAUGUAAGGCACAAAAGCAUCCACAGAGAUGGAUAGGCAGCUUGCACACAGGUGCAUCUGAUCCUGUAUGAAAACUUGGGAGAUAAAGCUUGUGACGUUACGCAUGUUAAUGGUUUAAAAAAAAAAAAAAAUCUGAUAGACAACCUCAGUUAGAGAAAGCUGUGAAAAUGGUCACUUUAUUUAUUUAAAUUCAUCUGUGAAUCUUGCUGAGAAGCAAACAUACUGAAGUCAAACAUGCUGGGUUAGCUUUCUUGUUUUUUUCAUAUUUAUUUCAAAUAUUUUAUCCAGUAUUUUACGAAAUUAAUAUUAAGAACUGUGAACAUUUUUGUCCAUGUCUGAUCAUUAUGUUCUAACAGAUCUAGCUUUUCCUUUUAUCAUGAUCCCUUUUUGAAUGUGAGCACACUUACGAACCAUUUUUAGCUCGAUAGACUGAUGUAUUUGCUUGUUUGGGAAUGCCCAAGAUGUUACUUGCUAUAUUUAUUAAUCUUCUGGGCUUCAGUCAGUAGUCACAAAAUGUUGAGUGAUUUACAGUUAUUGCCCUCUGUCUAUGGUUAUUUAAUUUUGACAAUAAAGCCAAGCACUUUAAGUUGGAAUUCAAUUCCCCCCCACUGAUGCAUUCAUAAACACAAUUAACCUCAGCUGUCAUUAGUCUUUGAGAGAUUUGGACAUAGAGGACUUAGUGUCAAAUUAAAAGUAGUGUAUGAUUGUAGUAGACUUAAAGUAGAGCUGACAUUUUCACUGUUACUGGUGAAGAUGCACUAAGCAACAUCUUUGCAAUCUAGUGUCCUCUCUCUAGAACGGUAUGUUGGCAAACAAUUUGGGGCGGUGGCACCAUCAUCAUCACAGAACAUGGUUUAGCCUGUAAACCUCCCAAUAUGGCAUCAGCCCCUUAAGAAUACCCACAUUGCUCAGAUGCAUGUUAGAUAAUGAAUACCACUGUCUUUCGACUAAUACUAAAUAGUGAACUCUGCUAGGAACAAGCUUCAAAUCAAUGAUUGUAUCAGACAUCCUGCAAAAUGACAUUGUGAUUCCAUUGAGAUUACUAACAAUGAAGGACCAUUUGUAUGGCCACCACAGCAUGCCCGAGCUGUCGUUCACCGUCACUCACAAAGUGCAGUUUGUCUGCAUGAGCCACACAUCCAAACAAGUAAUUCUCACUGGCUAGUUCCUGAACACUAUGCGCAUUUGAUUUGAUUUUUCUCCUUGAGGCUAGCUAAACUGUGCAAGAAAGUGAAUUUUGAGUUGAAGGAUUGCAUUGAACUUUAAAUACGAAGUACUGUAUGCCAUUGUUGUGGAUAAUGCUGGUCUGCAUUGCUCUCUAAAUGUCUGUGAUAUGUAUAACGAUGUAAGUCAAAAAUUUGUUUGACUGUUGUAUACAGGUACUAUUUUAUCAAUAAAAAUCAGAACAUGA